AUGCCUUCGCUUGCAACUGUACGAGAGUUCAACUCCCAUGUCGUUUCUACCGCGAAGACCCCCGUGGCUGUCUUCGUAGGAGGUACCUCCGGCAUAGGUCGGGGAAUGGCCCGCGCCUUCGCCCACCACAUCAAGGGCAAUGCACGCCUCAUAAUCGUCGGCCGUAACAAAACCGCAGCGGACGCCCUCAUCGCCUCCCUUCCCUCCCCGGCAAAUACUCUGUCCUCCUUCCUCCCCUGCGAAGCCAGCCUCAUGCGCAACAUCGAUGCCGCCUGCGCGCAGCUCGUCAAGCGCGACGUCGACAAGAUCAACUACCUCGUGCUCAGCGUCGGCGAGUUCGUGGGCUUCUCGCACGAGGAAACUGAGGAAGGGGUGGACAAGAAUUAUGCAGCGUUGUUCUUCGGGCGGUUUCGGUGGAUACGGAACUUGGCGCCUGCGCUGGACCGCGCGGCGGCGAUGGGGGAGGAGGCGAAGGUCAUGUCGGUUGCGCGCGCUGGGAAGGGUGGCCCUGUGGACUGGGAUGAUCUCGACGGUAGGAAGUCCCUGCGGCAGCAGCGAUUGAGCGCCCCAACAUAUCAGGAUCUCAUGCUACAGGGCUUUGCGAAACGACAUCCCAAGAUCGCAUUCACGCAUUCGUACCCCGGGCUGGUGUGGUCGCCGCUGUUCAGACGGUCACCGUCCCUCGCCGUUAGGCUCCUGGCCUAUCUACUCUUUCCGCUCUUCUAUCUCCUCUCGGUCUCUGAAGACCAAUGCGGAGAGUACCUGAUGUACGGACUCUAUCGCAGUGAUGUUGUGCAGGGGUACCUGGGCACGGACGAGGAGAUCGAGAAGAUGUGGGACUACGCAUGCAAUAGGCCUGGCAUCUCGUAUAGCGCCUAA